UUAGUUCGACGCGUCGAGUUUUGUGUUCCAUGUGAUUUUGGUCAGCAUCUUUACACAAACGCCGAUAAAUACUUUGUAAGAAUAUCUAUUGCAUUAUUGAUGUUUUAAAGAAAUAUUCAAUGAAGUGAAGUUGAAUGAAACAAGGAAAGAUGAUAACAAUGGAACUGAUAUGCUGGAUUGGACGGACAUUAGAUUCGGGAUAGCAGGGACCAGGACAUUGGAUCCACAAACUAAGCGAAUGACUUGUACUUAAAAAUAAAUACCGAUGCUCUUUCAUAUUCUCUUAAUUGACAAUUGUUUUUAUGUAUGUCGCCACCUUUUGUAUAUUUCCAUGUUCUGUGUCUAGAAGAUGUAAUGAAUAUGAAAGCGCAUUGUCCGAAACCGGAGAAAUGCCAAACAUUCUUCUUCUUCGAACUUAGUAUAACUAUUCUAGUCUAUAGGGUGUUUAUUUAUUGUUAGGACCCGAUUCAUGGAACAAAUCAUGUCGGCUGAAAAUGGUGAGUGUCCCUCAUGGUUCCGGGAGGAACUUAUCAACAAUGCCAAAAAUAUAUCAGCCAUCAUCAUCCUCGGAUUCAUCAACAUUAUCAUCAUCAGCGGUAACUUGUUGGUGGUGAUGGCGGUAUUCGCUUCCGCCAAGCUGCGAACAGUAACCAAUUUCUUAAUCGUUUCGUUGGCCAUUUCUGAUCUAUUGGUAGGUCUAGCUGUUCUUCCCUAUUCCAUAACUCUUGAAGUUUUAGAUAUAUGGAUAUUCGGCGAACUAUGGUGCCAAAUGUGGCUAGCCGUGGACGUCUGGCUCUGCACGGCUUCCAUACUCAAUUUAUGUGCUAUUAGUAUAGAUAGGUAUUUAGCAAUCACCCGACCCGUGCAUUAUAGGGCUAUCAUGUCAACUGUCCGAGUUAAGCUCCUCAUAGCUUCCGUUUGGGUCCUCUCGUUUAUUAUAUGUUUUCCACCCCUCGUUGGAUGGAACGAUCGAGUGAAAGACGACGAGGAGUUGACUUCUUUAUACGACAACUCGACUAUCUUUCUAGAAAGCAACAGAACAUUCGAUGACAUUCUGACCAGCAACUUCACCGAUGAUUACAAUUCCACCGGUGGCGAUGUUCGGUUCGUGAUCCGUAACGCACCCAGAAGACGUUGCCUCAAACCUCAGUGCGCUCUCAUCACCAACCAAGGAUAUGUCAUCUAUUCAGCUCUAGGCUCAUUCUAUAUUCCUAUGCUAGUCAUGCUGUUUUUUUACUAUCGAAUAUACGUAGUAGCACUCAAAACAAGCCGCGCCUUAGAUCGAGGCUUUCGCACGGCUAAAUCGAGCAAAUCAAAAGGGUCGACUGGUCAAGAACAGGAGGGAUCAGACGUGACCCUUCGUAUACAUAGGGGGAGACCAACAAACGAAUCCAUGUGUUCCUCACGUAGUAGCAAAAAUGCGUCAACGAACCGAAGGUCUGGAGAUAUCUUGGUUCCUAGACGCAUUCCAACAGUCGUAUAUCAUCACACUAAAGAUUGCAGCAGUCCACGCUGUUUCAGAGAUGACAGGCACUACCACACCGAGGCAGCUCCUGAAAACACUGACUCUCCAUCCUCGCAAUUUAAAGAUCGAAUUAGAAGGACUAAGUCUGCGACAGUGACCACCACCAAAUUCACGUUCGAUCACGAAAAGCCCUCCACGUCACAAGAUCACUUGACUGUCAGUGGAGUUGGCGAGCAGCAAAGCAAUGGUCGCAAUAGUCCAUUCACAAAAAGCAAGAGAAAUGCUCGUUGGCACGCCAAGCGGUUUAAAACCGAAGCCAAAGCCACAAAAACUGUCGGGAUCAUUGUGGGAGGGUUCAUUCUCUGCUGGCUUCCCUUUUUCACCAUAUACCUCAUCAUGGGUUUCUGUGAAACUUGCAUUCCUGAUUUGCUGUUCAAAGUGUUUUUCUACCUGGGCUAUUGCAACUCGGCCUUAAAUCCCAUCAUCUACGGAAUUAUAAGCAAGGACUUCAGGUUUGCCUUCAAGAAGAUACUGUGUCGGUGUACCUUGAACGACGAUGGCGUCGCUUCCCUCAUUCGUCAUAUACAUAUACCUACUUUCAUUGAAGACGAUUCAGCUACACUUCAAUCUUCGAUCCCAUAAUUCCUUUCCCUGGGGGGGAUGCCAACUUAGCCUUAAUAACUUCCUUUUUUGCUUAAAAUGAAAGAGAUAAAUAUUUAAUUGAAAAAAUACAAUAUUUUUGUGUCGCAUUGUUGCAAUUAUCCAGAUCUACUUGUUUGAGGUAAAUUUUUUUCCAACUUCGAAUAAUAUCUUUUUCACUGGGACAAAGAAAGUUGCAGAUGAUCACUGAAAACUCUUGACCAACGCGUCACUAAAUUGAACGUUGUGUUAACAUUUGUUAUAAAAUAAACCAAUAACGUACAAAAGCACAAAUAAAGUAAUUGGCAGUAUUAUCACCCCGCUACUAUAACAAGUAUCAUCAUCUGUGCCGAGAUGAUUGCGAUGAUGUGCCGAGAUGAAACAGAUGAUGGUUCAACUUAUUGUAUUAUAGGUAGACUUUUAUAGUUCCGAAUCUACAUCUUUUAACUACAUUAUCUGUUUGAUUUUUAAUACGUUUUUGUUCGAUUUUAUUAGACAACAGCACAUAGACAUCCUUCGUACUAACAACAGAUUUUAGUGACAAUUUUUCGUGAAAAACUUGUAUUAAAAUGCUGGAAUUUGCGUUUCUAAAAAAUAUUUUUGAUAUUGUUUUUGUUAAAGCAUGAAAUUAGAUUCAGAUAUAAAUGCCCUAACGUCUUACUUCCUAGCUUUCGAACUAUUGUAGAACAUUAUUAGUACGAAUUAAGAUUGAACUAACAGCACGGAAAUUAAACAAACAAUUUUGUCUAGUGCAUCUUUAUAAUUGUUAUCAAACGUCUCAAUAGGCAAAAUCUCCUCCUGUAAAUAUUCCUACUAUAUUUCAAUUAUAGUGAUUUGAAAGUAACUAGAAAUCGUUAUUACUUGAAAACUGCCGGCCAUUUUGCCACUUGAAACGUUCAAAAAGAAAGAAUUGUGAUAAAUUUCAAAGGAACUCUUAUCAACUCUAGUUGCUAACAGUUUAUUUUUUUUUUUAAAUUUGAUCAAUUUUUAUGAAAUAUCAUUCAGAAUAAAAUAAGAUUAAUUUUACAUUAAAUUCCAAAAAACAAUAAAUAUUUUUAAAAUAUUUAUGAACGAGAAUAAUUUUAAUUGAAUGCUUCUCAAUAAAAUGUACGUAUUUUGGAAUCACGCAAACAAAGCUUGUUUUUUUUUAAAUGACCCUAAAUAUUUACCGAUGUUUUACCAUAUAUAUUUAAUUAAGUUCGAAUUUACGAAAAGUUUGGCAUCCCCUUUGCAUGUUUGUCUUUUCAUUCUAAUGUAUUGUUUUAUAGUGUUUCAACCUAAACCAGAUUUUACAUUGGAGUGUAACAUUGGGAACAUAUUUUCGGUGAAGCAAUUCAUAUUGUAUAUUUUGCGAAAAGGAAUUUAUAGAUGCGUAUUUGUAGCUCGCAAAUAUUUUACAUUUGCUACUUGAGUUUAAGGUUGUCGUCUCCCAAUGUUAAAAUGUGUGGAAUAUUUGAAUUCAUGUUUUCAAUAUAAAGCAUGUUUAAACUUCCAUUUUUCUCAGCUUUCCAUUUUUCUCUGCAGAAUAAUUCAAAACUCUAAAAGAGCAUAAUAUACUUCGUUUUGUUAUAGAGACUACACUUUCAGUAAGAAUAAGAACACAGUAUUUUAAGCAAACGAUUUAAAACGAUUAAGCAAACGUUUAAAAAAAAAGAACACAGUUUUUUGAGCUAACGAUUUAAUAAAUGCGUCUUGUUGAAAAAGAAAGUUUAAAAAAAAAAAAAAAAACACCAUUUUUAAGGCAAACGAUUAAAUAAAUAUGAGAUUUUUCCGUCAAGAAAGUUAUGUUGUUGAAUCAGGAUAUUUUUAGAUCAUAUAAUUUAGCCAUAAUAUGUGAGCUUUGCAAAAUUUGAAAUUAAUUUUGUACAUUUCAUAAAACAUUAAAGCUGAGUUUUCCUGCAUUUUAAUAUUAGGAGGCAAUGGCUUUAAAAAAAACAACGUAAAAAACGUAGAAAAUAUUCUUAACUUUCUGUAUCACUCAAAUUUUUAAUGAAAUCGAGCUUUAAAUCACAUUAAACGCUUUUGUGGGAGUUUUUUCAAGCUUCAAUUUUUAACAAAUUUAUUUUGUUCAUUAUUGCUUAGAACUAAAGCUAUUUAUGAUAACAUCAUAUUUAUUACGAAGUGAUUUAUAUCUAUCUUAAGCGUAAAGUUUUCCUUAUUGACCAAUUUAUAAAUCAUCCGACAUCAUUUUAAUUUUUUUUCUAUUUCCAAGUUUCAGAAUUAAGAAUGAAUGUAUCAGAUUUGAUUUGUCCUAUUUUAAAUUUGAAUUAACUCAACAAUUAUAAAUAUUUAUUGUUAUCUAAAUCAUAUUUUAAAAUUUGGAAAAAAUUAUUUGUAACAAACUGACACACGAAGGUGGAACUUUUAAAAUUUCUUUCGGAAAAAAUAAAGGAUCAAUUUACUUCAGUUGGUAAAAUUAGUUAAAUUUACAUCUAAUGUAAAUCGGCCAAAAAGAAAUUAAAAUUUUUAAGAUUAUAACGAAGCAAUUGUUUUUGCGAUAGUAUUAUAAAGUUUGUUUCUGUAAAUUGUACUUGAAUAUGUUUCUUUCUGAAAUUACGAAAAACUAUUUUCAACAAAAUACAAAUACUUAAAUACAAGCAAACUUUUGAAACGCAACGAUAAUUUAUUUUAAAUGAAUUGUUUCUGUAAGCUUAUAACUCAAACGAUUCUGUAACGAUAACUCAAACGAUUCUGUAAGCUUAUAACGACAUAUAUUUUAUGACUUAAUUUCCUAAAUAUUUUUUUUACUAAUAGUGGAACAAUUUUCUUGCCAUUUCUAUUUUUUUAAUAAAAAAAAUGUCAAAAUUUAAUUAAAUGUAUAUAAUACUGAUCAUACUCUUAUCGGAUAUGUUACCUAAAGUUUUGGUGUACGUCGAACAUUAUAAAUAUGAAAACUGUAGCAAAAAAAAUUCCUGCUCGACAGCUAGGAGUGUGCCACAAUGUAAACAGAGGAAUCUAAUACAUAAAGACAAACCAAUAAUUCCAAGAAAAUUCAUGAAAUUUUAAAAAAAGAAUUAAGAACAAUUCUAACGUUUCAGAAGCAACUAAAAACAAACUUUUUUUUUCUUGACGAGUUCUUGUUAGUUUGGAUGUACACAACUUAACGAUUUUAAAAUUGUAAUCGUUAGUCAAUUAUGUCGUGACCUUUAAAAAUAAUUAUUAAAUAUAAACAUUUUUUUUAAAAAAGAGUCUGUAUUUCUAUGGCAUGUUUCGUGACGACGCGACACGCUUUCUAUACAUCUAUUUUUCUCAUUGUAAUGUCAUAGAGAAAAAAAAGGUUUUAUCGUGACAACUAUGCAAACUAAAGUGUACAAAUUCAUGAAUGAAUUCUUUUCUUCUAUCGCGUCGAGUAUCUAAAAUAAUCUCGAAUGUAUUCAUUUAUAUGCCAUAAUGUUGCAAAUCGGGGUUAAAAUAUACAUAGACAAAAUAGUUAUGUAACAAUAGUGCAGAUCAUCGAGUAUUAACUGAAAUCUGAACAAUAUGCAACUCUAGACUAUCACCUUGUAAGAAAACAACAUAUUUGAAUAUUUCAGAUUCUCCAGUCACUGGGACCGUUCAUAAAUGAUGUCACGCUUAGAGGGAUAGGAUGAGGUUCUUAAAAUUGUGGCAGUUUGG